UUACAAUCAGAAAAUCAUCGAGACCACCUCGACAUAAUUGACAAGCUAAGUAGAUACGUUGACCUCCUGCAAAUCGUAGUUUACGGCAACCAAUCAGCGGGGAAAGGCUCCGUUCUCGAAGCCAUCUCUGACUUAACACUCCCUACCAAAGAUAACCUCUGCACGCGUUUUGAAACCGAGCUGAUUCUUCGCCGUGAAGCGACAGAGGCCAGAGAUCACCUGAUGAACGACAGCGCCUCAAUGCAUUUCAAGCGGAAA